AUGUCCAAUGGGGACCCGAAGGCUUCAACGUCGGACGCUGUCGAGCCGGGCGCCACCGGCCAGUCGGCCCUCGGCAAAUUGUGGACCGGCUACAAGGAGAAGCUGUGGAGGGCACGGCAAGAGCGCAUCCAUGAAACGAUAAAAGCUAAACCGGCCAAGACGCCGCCCCCGCAAGGUGCCACGCCAUACGACCCGCCCUGGACCCGGGAGCCCGGCUUCGAGGCGGGGUGGGCGCGCGUGAAAAGCCUCUACACCACGGAAAACUCGAUGGAGCUGAGUAUUUUACAGCGGAUUUGCACGGGGACAUUCGCCGCCGGAUUUUUGAUGGGCGGCUUGGCCAGCUACAAGGACGCGCAACGGGUGUACGAGCAGACACAUGUUGGAACGCGGUAUCUGUCGAUGCGGGAUGCGAUAGUUAGACGAAUUGAUUACGGGAUCCUGCGGUUUGCCAUCGCUGGCGCGAAGAUGGGCGUCAAGGCGGCACUUAUUACCGGGCCAGUGAUCGGGCUGACCACACACCUGUCCGCCUAUCGAGCCAAAUUCUCGUCGGCCUACGUGCCACUUAUCUCAGGUGCUGUUUCAGGGGCUUUACACGCAGUCGGCGGUGUGUUCGCCUUCCCGCUCGGCAUUAUCGGUGUUACAAAGGCGAUCGGGCUGGGCAUCGCGUCGGGAUGUUCCCUGGCGGCCGUCUUCCAGCUGUUUGCGUUGAGUCUGGACAAGACGGGCGAUCAGGCAUAUUGGUACUUCAAGAAUGAAUUGGAGAAGGAACUCCGUGGGCACAGCGAAUUCGACCGCAAAGUCGCCCAGGUGAUGGCCGAAAACCCGGACAUGUGGUGGCGAGCCAGCGCCAUUCGACACGUACGGAAACUCGAGGAAAAGGAGAGUGAAGCGCUCGACUGC